UUAAUUAGACAAACCGACAGUUUAACACUGGGGUCGAGUGCAGAGACCUCCUCCAGCAAGGCACGGCGCUGCUGCAGUCUCUCCCUUGCACUUGUGCUGUCCGGGCUGUGCUGUUCACCCCCGGGACAUCAUGCGCGGGGCGCGGCACCGUGGACCAGGGGGAACGGCGCUCCCGGAGCCGCCGGGGUACGGCUCAGUCGCCGGCUGGGCGGGCGCUGCUUCCCAAACGGCUCCGCUGCCCCACCGGGGCAGAUCGGCGGCCCCGAGCCGGCGCCCCGCUGCCCCUCUGCGGCACGGUCCCGGCCGCCGCGUCCCCCCGCCCCGCGGUCUCGCCCCGGGGAACCUGCGACGGCAACUCGCGGGCAGCGGCCAGAGGCGCGGGCGGGCCUGGGGAGCGCGGCUCGCCGCUUGCUUCCCCCCGCCCCGCCGCUGUCGGCCGGACGGCUUGCUGGGGCCGUGCUCUGGCCGAGCCGCUGCCCGCUAGCCCCCCCCACCCCGCGGAGCGCCGGCGCCGCGAGCCGCGUAGGGCGGUACCAGAACGGCCCGGUGCGCCGAGACUCCAGCCCCGGGGGAGCGGUGCGUGUGUGCGAACGGCUCCACCCGGAGCGGCGGGGCCCUUCCGGACGCACGUGGCCCGCAGGGGCUCCUCGCACCGCUCGCUCUCCCGCCCGCAGCCGCCGCCACCUUUCCGGGCGGCAGGUGACGGGAUCGAGCGUCCCUGCCUCUCCCCGGGCCGCGGCCGUACGGGGCCUGGCGUGGCCGGCACGGGGGUAGUUCCGCGGCUGCCGGUCUCGGUGCCGUAGUGGGAGCCGGGGAAGGGGAGCGAGGGCUCCGGUAGCGCCGGGCCGGGCUCGCAGCCCUGCCUGCACCGGGCUCCGGCGGCGGAAACGGCGCUGCCCGCCCCCCCCCACCGCAGGAAAGGCGGACCCAGGGGGCGGAGGAGGGAGGCAGGCUGGCGGCGUGCGCGUCGGGUCAAGCUGCUGGGAGCGAGGAGGGUGUCGGGCUGCGGCUGCUGCUCAGGAUCCUGUCACUGGCAUCGCUUCCAGAAGCAGGCUCGGCAGGCUCGGGAUUUUAUUUCCACUCAAGAAAUAGCAAAUAAGAUGGUGGUCAGCAGUAGCAUUUUUUUUCGGUACUGGUGCUAACCGCUUAACGGUAAGUUAAAGGUAUAUAUUCAUCAUACAACCCAAAUUUUUUUGAAUUCUCCAUCUGAAUACACUCCAAGCCUGGAGUUUAAUUUUAGACUGAAAGAAUGCGUAACUCCUCGAAAGAGUGGUUUCAGUGUGCGUUGUGGGUUAGCCCUGGUAGACGGCUAAGCACCACACAGCUGCUCGCUCACUCCCCCCGCCGUGAGGUGGGAAGGAGAAUCGGAAGGGCAAAAGUGAGAAACUCAUGGGUUGAGAUAAAGGCAAUUUAAUAGGUAAAAUGAAGCUGCAUAUGCCAAAUAAGAAAUUUAUUCCCCACUUCCCAUCAGUGGGGCUGGUUUUGAUUUUUAGCCGUUCCCAGGAAAGCAGGGCUUCAUCAAGUGUGACGGUGACUUGGGAAGACAAAUGCCAUAAUGCCGCAUGUCUCCCCCUUCCUUUUUCUUCCCCCACCUUUAAUUGCUGAGCACGAUGUCCUGUGAUCUGGACUAGCCCCUUGGUCAGUUCGGCGCAGCGGUCCCGGCUGCGGUCCCUGCAAACUUCUUGUGCCGCCCUACUCCUGGAAUGGGGAAGGGAGAGAGCAGCGUGAGAAGGGGAGAAGGGCUUGGCGCGAUGUAAGCACUGGUCCAUGACAGCCACAACAUCAGUGUGCUUUAAACGCUGUUUUGGUCACAAAUCCCAAACACAGCACCCUGCAAGCUACUGUGAAGAAAAUUAACUCUGUCCCAGCUAAAACAAGCACAGUGUGAAAGACAAAAUGUGGAAAUAACUAUCUUUCAAAUGCUGUCAUGCAAUUUUUAUUUUGCCUGAUCUAUUUCUUUCCAAAGGACGUCAAGUCUAAUUGUUUACAAUAGGAGCAAUUUGGCUUGGGGAUGUACAGCAGAUUAUAAUGGCGAAGUUUAUGAGUGUACAGGGAAAUGUGCGGUUUGUCAGUUCUAAUGGCACAAAUUAAGCAUAUGGCAACACUGUGUAUUCGUCUGGCUUACCUUCUUUGUAUUUAGAACAGAAAUGGCCAGCUUAUUUUUUUGAAGCAGUAUUUUACAAAUAGUAGAAUAAUACUGCCCUCAGUUUAAUCCUUCAAACAACAUGCUUCUGACUUCGGAUCGUAUGAGACAGGAAGGACUCUGGUGUUUCAAAGAGUCUUUCUGAAAAAGAUACGCUAUCAAAAGAUGAGCAACAGACAACCUAGAUAAAGAUGGUAAAUGAUUGUUAGUCUUUGGAAUUUUAGUUUUCGUUUAAGCACCAGUGGUUUGUGGUGUUACUUUUGGCAAAAAUCAUAAAGCAGAGGAUAGAAAGUAACUUUUUCCAAAAAUAAUAAAUUAGUAAGGCUAUUUGUUAGUGGUGGCUUUUUAGUUAGACCCUGGAUAAACCAAGGAUUAGGCUGUUUAUUUUUCCUAUACUACUGCAUCUAAUACCGCAUAUUAGCGACUGAAACUUUGCAGUCACCUCUUGUAGAUUGCCCCCUAUCCUCACCCCAGAUUGGGAGAUAAAGUAAUAAGCUGAGAUUUAUCAGAAAUUAAACUCAGUGUAGACAUUGCAAAGCUACUGAAAUGAGCAGCGUAAAAGGUCUUCAGCUGUCUCAAUGAAAAGAAAACAAGUUACAAGGGAAGGCCACGAUACAGAGAACGUGCAGGGGAGAUUAAUAAUGACCUGGGAAUGGCUCCUGAACUAAAUUAGCACUUUUUUCUACUGUUCAGUAAGGAUGAUGCUAAUUGUGGAGGGUUAAAGAAAGAUGACGGAAAAGAAGGUCUGAAAGUAGAAGUUGUACAGCAAAGGUAAAAACAACAUUCCGGCUGGAAGGUGAUACUGAAUAAUUUCCAUGUCAAAAUUUUAAGACGACAGACAAGCUAUUGAAGAACCUGUGCUGGAUGUUUAAUAAAUGUGUCGUGACAAUGGUACAUGGUACAACGUGGCAAAAGAAAGCAGGAGUGGUUCCUUGGUUUAGGAAGAGGAAAAAAAGAUGAUUUAAGUAUAUGCAAGUGUGCAAGUGCAAGCUUGGUCACAUACACGGUUUUAGAGUAGAUUUUAGAAGGACUAUGGCAAAAGACAUAAGGAGAAAUGUGAUUAAUUUGAGUAACCUGAUCUAGUGAAAGAUGUCCCUGCCCACAGCAGGGGAGUUGGAACUAGAUUAUCUUUAAAGGUCCUGCCCAACCCAACCCAUUUAAUGAUUCCAUGAUUCUGAGACAAGAGCUCUUUAUUACGACCUUGCUGCAGAAGAAAACACGUUGUGUAACUGCGCUUGGCUGAAAGACUGGGUAGAUGUAUUAAUCUUCGGCUGCUGACAAGCUCAGAUGUAUCUGUGCAGUGUGAUGCAUCUGCAAAAUAUACAGUCCUAGCAUAUAUUAAGAAAAAUUUCCAAGAGUGCUGAGGCCUCAUCACUGUCGUGUACAAAUGGACAAGGAACAGAGACUUCUGGUCUCCUGUGCUAGAGAUUAAUUGAAACUGGGCCAACUGCACGGAAGCAACUGGUUCGGGAAGAGUGUUUCAUGAGUUGGUGAAAAAGUAGCAAAUAUGAACACAGGGAGAUGAUACAACUGGAGUCCGUAAAUGCAACAGGGAGGAGGAAAGGCUCCGUACUAUUAAGGGGAAUACUGUAAAAGAACAAACUGGUGCAGAGUAGCCGUGGAUACUGUUAGCUAAAUUUACUAUUAAAGCAAAUCUGCAUAAUGUUCUAUCAUGUUCUACUUGAAUGCUAAUUGGAAUUAAGAGACAAAACCAGAAUGAAUUAUUGUUGUUAUUAUUGUAAUUAAAAAAUAAACUUUUAAUUAUGCUGGAAGCAUAUGUUUGAAGUUAAAAUUUGCCAAGUACUUUCUGUAGUGAGGAAAUAAAAAUUAAUCUGACUUUAUAUAAUAUUUUCUGACAACAUAUCUGUGCUGUUAAUUUCAGGGGAUCAAAACUCAUGAGUCAUGUAUUGGGAAACCCAUGAAUUUCACUCCGCAAAUAAUUGCAUAUUUCUUUUCUUUAAGGUUCUAUGUUCUGGUGUGUCUUGAGUUCUGUAUUUUACUCUUUUUCUUUGCUUUUAGAACCUGCUCUUGUGUCAGAUCUCUCUCAUAGUUCCUCAUCAGAAUCUGUAUUUAUCUAAUUUAAUUAGGCCUAUAGCAUGUUACUAGAAAAAUGAUUGCCUGAGAAAUACAGAUAUAUAGUAUAUUUUUCUAGUUCUUUUUUAAGUAUGCACGUGAAUUGUGGCUAUAUCAACAUGAAGGAUUCAUUUCCAAAAGGAAACUUAAGUGGCCGUAAAAACAAAUCACCCGAGCACCUAGGUUUGAUUUACCUCAAUGACUCCACACUCAAGUUUGUAAUUUAAAUUAAGUUCUUGGGAGGCAACUGUAUGCUUUGCUCAAGAGAAGGAAAACUUGUUUUUCUGGUAGGUGUGGCUGCUGAUAUUAAAGAACACCAACCAUCUGAAAUAAAAUAUGUCGGCAAGUGUCUUGGGUAUCGUACCAGCAUUUUUUUUUCCUCAAUAUUGUUCUGUAUUGAACAAUUCUUGCAAUUUAUCUUAAAAAAUAUUUAAGUUUUUAUCCGGUUAGAAUAAACAGUUUGUAAAUUAUACCUUAGCAGAAAAUAACUGGAGGACUGAACAGAACUUCACUCAGCUAUCUGCUUUAAAAGAACCCUCCAUGUACAGAAACCGUUCCACACGUCCGACAUCUAGAGGCGUUCAGAUUGCCGCAUGCUGUAUCGUCCAUCCCAUUAAAGAUGCGGCGGCAUAAAGUGCAAGGAGAAAGAAAUUUGCAUCCGCAUUUAGAUACAUUCCGAAUGUUGUGUGGUGGGAGAAAAUCUUACUUUGCUGCAGCUGUAUGCAUUAUUACUCUAACUUCAAUGGUCACACUUUCUUAUCUUAGGCUGCAGAGACUUUCUCACCUGCCAAAAAUAAUUCAAGAAGGUAGCAGAUGCAGAGGGAGAAUUACCAGUAGCACAAUAACAGCACUAAAAGAUAACAGAACUUUUAUUAUAGCCCCCUACUUUGAUGACAGAGAAAGCAAAGUCACUCGUGUGAUUGGGAUUGUUCACCAUGAAGAUGUAAAAGAACUAUACUGCUGGUUCUGCUGUCAACCCCACGGAAAGAUAUAUGUAUCGAAAGCAAAAAUUGAUGUUCACUCAGAUAGAUUUGGAUUCCCUUAUGGUGCAGCAGAUAUAGUUUGUUUGGAACCUGAAAACUGUGAUCCGACACAUGUAUCGAUUCAUCAGUUUCCACAUGGCAAUAUUGACCAGCUGCCAAGGUUUGAAAUUAAAAACCGCAAGGCUGAGACCUUUUCAGUUGACUUCACUGUAUGCAUCUCUGCCAUGUUUGGCAAUUACAACAAUGUCUUGCAGUUUAUACAGAGCGUGGAAAUGUACAAAAUUCUUGGGGCGCAGAAAGUGGUGAUCUAUAAGAACAACUGCAGCCAUCUGAUGGAGAAAGUCUUGAAGUUUUAUGUGGAAGAAGGAACCGUAGAGGUAAUUCCCUGGCCAAUAAACUCACACCUCAAGGUUUCUUCUAAAUGGCAGUUCAUGCAAGAUGGAACACAUAUUGGCUACUAUGGACAAAUCACAGCUCUGAAUGACUGUAUAUACCGUAACAUGCAGAAGAGCAAGUUUGUGGUUCUUAAUGAUGCUGAUGAAAUAAUUCUUCCCUGUAAGCACCCAGACUGGAAAACAAUGAUGCAUAAUCUUCAGGAGCAAAACCCAGGGACCGGCAUUUUCCUCUUUGAGAACCAUAUCUUCCCAGAAACCGUAUCUACUGAUGCGUUCAACAUUUCAACCUGGAAUACUGUGCCAGGUGUUAACAUAUUACAGCACGUUCACAGAGAGCCCGACAGGAAAGAUGUAAUCAAUCCCAGGAAAAUGAUAGUUGAUCCCCGAAAAGUGCUUCAGACUUCAGUCCACUCUGUCCUACAGUCUUAUGGGAACAGUGUGAAUGUUCCCAUGGAUGUUGCCCUCAUUUAUCACUGUCGAGCGCCCCUUCAGGGAAACCUUCCCCGAGAAUCCCUCAUCAGGGAUACAAUGCUGUGGAGAUAUAACUCAUCAUUAAUCACGAAUGUUAACAAGGUGCUAAAUCAAACCGUAUUGUAAGCUCAGAAGUGAAACCUUGCUUAUAAGGGGGGCGGGGGGAAGCGGAGAGCUACGCGUAUCGUGGGGAGGCAGAGGAUAUCCUUUAAAGCUCCUGUUAAAAUCACUUGCACGUGAAGUUUACAUCUUAUGGAGAUUUAGGAGAACAGCCCUUUAUGUACUGUACAAAGGUAAAUGCAUUUGAUUUGUGACCUGAGACGUGGUGCCUUGUAAGAAUCCACAGUGAUCGAGUGCAGGUUAAGAACUGGGCUCCUCAGGUAAAGUCUCUACUGCAACUUUGUGAGACGUGAGAGGUGAGGCACAGUGAGAAAAUAGCUCUUUUACAUGCCUCUAACUAUGAAAGGGCAUUAUUCAAGGUCUAGGAAGUGACGAUGCGGAAAUUAGAAAGCAAAUGUACCAAUUUCCAGCUUUCUUUUUCUCUUCCCCUCUUCAUAAAUGUUUUAGCUAGUGCAAUGAACCUAUAAACUACCUGCAGAAGGAAUGAAUUGAUAUUUGGUCAUUUGUAUCUCUGAAGUACUUGGUAGACAAAACCAAAAGUACAGCUGUGCUUAGUGGUGCCUAUUAAAAUAUGGCUCGGGACAGCAUCUCCCAGAUGAAGAGCUGCAUUGACAUUAACACUGUAACUCAUCAUCAUCACAGAGGCAGGGUAAGAAAACACAGCAGCUGUAGCACUGGAACUUGUUAGAGAUAUUUCUUCUUCAGGGAAAUGGGAAUUUGUAGCAGAGCCAUGAGUCAUUUAAUGAUACCAAGGAUCAAUGCAGAUGGUAUUACUUCUGGAAAAUGUAAAAUAAAUUUAUUUUCAAUUAAAAAAAAAAUUGGUACUUCUCUACUGAUUCAAAUCAUGCAAAAGGCUGUACACAGUUUUCAACCUAUGUACAAAAAAUACAACUACAGUCAUUAGUAUUAAAGGUAACGUUGCUUAAUUC